CGCUGGUAGCGCGUAUCCGGGCGGUACCAGGGAUUGACGCCAGCGAGCGAUGUGAUCCUCGAAAAACUUGGCUGUUUUGUUGUUAUUGUAUGUGUUGCUCUACAUAGUAACGAACAGUGGAAGGGAAAAUACUUUAAACGGGUACAGUGUUCAGUUGAAUAAAGAAGAAUGGAAGCGGUGAACGCGUUCAACAUGGAGUUGUUUUCCAUGAUUGACAUGAAGCCUCCGAUAUCUCGUGCGAAAAUGAUGUCUGUUACAAAGUCUGCCAUCAAAGCCAUCAAGCUCUACAAACAUGUUGUCCAGAUUGUUGAGAAGUUCAUCAAGAGGUGCAAACCAGAGUUGAAAGUCCCCGGCUUGUAUGUGGUUGAUUCCAUCGUUCGCCAGUCACGUCAUCAGUUUGGCGUUGACAAGGACGUUUUUGGGCCCCGUUUCUUGAAAAACUUCACAGAUACCUUUCAGAAUCUUUACCACUGCCCAGAGGAUGAUAAGACCAAAAUUGUCCGAGUGUUGAAUCUGUGGCAGAAGAAUGGCGUGUUUGACAUGGACAUCCUUCAGCCUCUGAUGGACAUGGCCAAUGGCGUCGUCGUAGCUGCACCCUCACUUGAAGUUCCCUCAGAACCGCAGCCUCACCCCACGGCGGCCCCAGUCGUGCCUACUUUAUCACAGAUGCCCACUUCUGACGCCCUAGCUGCUGUGGCGCAACUCUUCCAGUCCUCACAUGGUCAGGAGCUCCAGAUGAUGCUUCAGAACUUGCAGCAGGCAGAGAAGACCCGCACGACCAAUAAUACAAAUGGGCCGCACCCAUCCCAGAUGCCAGGGGCUCAGCCCCAAAUGCUUGGCGCACACGCAGAAGAAGAUAGAAGCUCCCUGGCUGAGAAACUCCUUGACAGGUUUGACUACGAUGAUGAACCUGAGGACGCAGCAACAAAAGACACUAUAGACAAGGGUUUACCCGGACAGAUUCUCAACAUGGAGACUGUUUAUCCAUAUCUAACGGGACAGCCUGCACCCGGCGAGUUUGGUGGAGGAGGAAGUCACACUGAACAUCAGAUGGUGAUUGAUGGACACCACUCCAGAAAUAACACACACAACUCAAAAUCACAGAUGGAUUCAAGGGAGGAACCAUCUUCACGUAGAGAAGGAAGAGGCAGGAGAACAAGGUCUGGUUCCCGAUCUCCCAGGAGGAGGCGGUCACGUUCUUCAUCGCGCUCAAGAAGGUCCAGGCACCGACGCUCCAGAAGUCGCUCCAGAGAGCGCCACUGGCGGUCCCGUUCUCAGGACAGACCCGACCGAGAGCGUGACAGAGAACGGAGACAAAAGGGUUUUCCUAGUAUCAAGAGCCAUACGCUCAGUGUUUGCAGCACAACACUGUGGGUCGGUCAGCUGGACAAGAAAACACAGCAGUCUGACGUUAUGUCCCUUCUGGAGGAGUUUGGCCAGAUUGACUCCAUCAAUAUGAUACCUCCAAGAGGUUGUGCCUACAUUGUGAUGGUCCACAGACAGGAUGCCUACACUGCCUUGAACAAGCUCAGUCGUGGUUCAUACAAAGUCAACCAGAAGCCUGUGAAGAUUGCGUGGGCUUUGAACAAAGGUAUAAAACCAGCACACAAGAAAUUCUGGGACGUGGAGCGUGGGGUCACCUACAUCCCUUGGGCGAAAGUGAAAGCUGAGGAGCUGGAGGGCUAUCGAGAAGGCGGGAUGCUGGACCCCGAUACACUAAGUGAAGAGUGGAAAAGUGCUGCGGACCUCAAUAAGCAGGUGGCUGUGAACGGCAUGUCGGACAGAGCACCAGCAGAUGGGACGGUGGAAGCUCAGAUUCAGGUGCCAGCAGUCCAACCGAUGGUCCCCAUCACAAGCCCACCAGCGUUUCCAUCCCCCGUCAUGCUGUCCCCCGUGUCCAUGCCCCCACUCGGGGGCCCUGUUCCUGUCCUGCCAGCCUUGAAACCUCCCAACACGGCAGCAGGCGCCAACCCCCCAGCAGACAUCUCCCCUGACCCCGACGCCAACAAUCCUUCCAACCCUAAGCUGGGCUCACCGAAACCCCCUGUGAUGAACCUACCGGCCCCCCAGCCGGGGAUGCCGCCUCUGCAUCCUCCUUCUCCUCAUCUGCCCCCCUUCCUCCCACCUCCCAACAUGCCCCCCCAGAUGAUGCCCGGAGGACUCGUGUUCCCCCCCGGCAGGUUCAGGAUGCACCUGCCCUUCCCUCCUCGGGGUCCCAUGCUCCCCCGGCCCCAUUUUGCGGCGCCCCCGGAGGGUGUGAUGGGGGCUCGAGCGGGGCCGCCUUUCAGAGGGAGGCCGCCCUUUGGGGGCCCGCCCCGCAUCCCCAGGGGCGGCUGGUAGAGGGACUGGGUCCUCCUACAUGAUGAACACUGGUGGGAAAUCAUGAUUCAUGAUCAUUCACUUUGUUUUACACCAAAACGUUUUUGUUCCUGACAGAGAGGAUCCCCCUCCUCCCCCAAUGUCCCCCCACCAACCCUCCCUGGCUGUAAAUAUUGUAAAGGCUCGCCACUCUUUCCUAUCUUUUUGUAAAUUUCAUUGAAAUCUACUUCAAGUGUUGAACAUCAGUAGGUGAAGUUUUUAAAAAAAUCACGUUGAGCUUUCGGAGACCGUCACAGAGUGUGUUUAGUUUUUAGUCCAAGACCCGUUUGAAGCACAACACACACGCCUUUUCUUGUCCUGCCACUAGAGGGCGGCAACUCCUAUGUUCAACCACCAUGAUGCAUCACUUGCUGUUAUUAAAAAACCUCAAACAUUU